AUGUCACAAGACGAAAUCCUACAGUCGAGUUUGUCAAUGAAUGACGUCUCGGUGGUCAAAGAACUAUGUCGUGUGUUUGGUGUUCCCCCACAACGCCGCAAAGAGGUGUACACCCUUUUACUCAACCCAUUGCCACAAACCAUCGACCCGACAAAAACGGUCUCUGUCGAUCAAUUUUUGGCACUGUAUACCCCCUUCUAUCAAAACACUUUAACUGAAACAACACAGCAACUUGCGUUAUGUAUUGGCAAUUUAAAAGGCGACGAAGUCGCCUUGGCACAAAUUCUCCUUCCAUUGUUAAGCCUCAAUAUUUCAAACGACAUUUUAGUUGGAAUAACACAGAAGAUAACGAAUGUGUAUAUCCCGCUUGUGUUAAAAGAGAACGAGAAAGUGACUAAGGGACUUACAACACUCUUUCUGUUGUUACUCCAAUACCACUGUCCAAUUUUGUCCAAGAAGUUAGUAGAAAUACGAGCCGACAUCACCCAGUUCAUAUUAAAUAAAGUGUGCACGCUUUCGUUGAGUUUGUUCAAAACGAUUCAAGGGAAGUUGAAAGCAUUUGACGCCAUUUUACUCUCCACUGACCAAAUUUUGUUCUUCUUUGUCGUGUUGAGCCAUGUCAUCUUGUUACAGAAGAAUUUGGUCCAAGCACAGAACAGCGAAGAAGUCAUUUCCAUAUUAGGGAAUGGAAUAGUCGACGAUGAGAUAGAUGUAACGAUUGCAUAUGCAAAAGGCCUUUCAGGGAAUACGCCCAUUUCCGUCACAAAACAAAUCUUUGCUUGUUUGAAUGACUCACAACAAUAUGAGAAUUGGGUCUAUGAAUCAAUUAACACUGCGCCUGUAGUUUUAGUGUCACCAAAAGACAUUUUCAAUGACAAGAGUACCCGUGGACUCAAUUUGUUCUUUAUAGAUGGAAGAAAGAAAGAGGAACAUCUUGGGGGGACGAUACCUGGUGCACUUAACAUCGACGCAGAAACGUUUGAAACGGACCCUGAGAGUGCACUGAAGUUAUUUAAAGACAUCGAGGCGAUGAAAAGAGGGAUGGUCCAUAUAGUAGUGUUUGGAGAGACGGACCACAGAAACCAAAAGGAAAAGAUCCAACAAGUAGUGAUGUGGCUAGUCAAAAAUGGGUUCUGUAGAGUCUCUGAAUUGCAUAAUGGGUUCUAUGGGUAUCACUAUCUGUUUGAUAAUGAAAAGGGAUAUACUAUUGAAAACCACUCAAUUACACAAUGCACUGUAUGUCGAAGACAAGGAAAGGAAGGAGUCAAUCACUUGAUCAAAGCAACGGAAAAUGUCGGGAACAAAGCGUUUGAGUUUGCUAAAGGGUGGUUUGGCCAAGCUGUUGCGUCAAUGACAGCACAACCGACUACUUCGAAAAAUACCGUCGACGUGAAAGACCUUAAACCCACAAAACCAGUUGAUAGUAAAAUUAUAGUAAAAGAAGUUAAAGAAAAUGAAGAAGGUGUUAAGGAGAUUAGUAAACCACAAAUAUUAGUGGAAGACAAAGGAGAAGAGAAACACAGUGAAUCACCAAUUGAAAAAGAACAAAAAGAAGAGUCAAGUCCAUCAAAACCAGUCGAACACAAAGAAGAAAAAACUGAAAAGCCAGAAGAGACGAAUGAGAGUCAUGUGUAUGAAGAAUUAAUGGAGAAGAACCUUCACAUGACUGGAGAAAUUAUUACUGAAAGCGAUAUAGAGAAAGUAAUUGUCAUAGCAACAUCCCGUGAAAUGAUUAUUAUUAAAGGAGAGACGGGGAAGCAUACUCUUGUGAAGAAGAUCCCACUUGCAUUACUCAAGAAGGUAUCUAUGAAGAAAGCAACUCCUGAUGUCCUAACUUUUAAUGGCGUGCCACCUCACUUGCCACUUACUAUUAAGUUUGAGAAGGUCCACGAGUUCUUGGAAUUUUUGAAGACUCGUUCGGGUAAGAAGGAUCAAAAGAAGUAA